UGACCGUAUCUGUGAUACAGCGGCGUGGACGCGAGACCCUCCGCCACAUCGGUUGUGGAUUUCAGGUUUCAGUCAACAUUAUAAGCGGUGUAGAAGCCUGAAUAGAAGCGUGCAUUUUCCCGUUGCUGAGGUCAAGCGCGAUAAAAAAGGCGUGUCUCAGUACAUCCUCAGCGUAGACUGCCAAACGCUCGUUUCGAUGGUGUGGUGAGUGCACGAGGACAUGAAUGGACAAAACGGCAUCUGCGUCCUCCUUUCUUUCCUGCUUAGAGUGCACACUGCAGGAGGCUUCUCAGGGGAUGCUGAGAGGUAUCGGUCACGGCAGUAUGGCCAUAUGGUGCCAGUCGCUCCUGUGUAUCGACACGUGGACUCUCAGGGCCGGGAGCAUGCACUGAAAUUUAACAGUGCAUCUCUUCGUGCCCAGUCUCGUGCCCAUAUAGCCAAGCUAAUGCCCUCCGCACUCCUCGAGUCACGUUUCCGGCAGGUACCACAUGAUCGCUCAGGUGUCAGCUUCCUAGCCAGGACCGACCAUGAGGUUCAUGUGGAGAACACACCUCUAUCAGCCAGUCAUAUCGUCACCAUGGCUCUGCAGGUGGAUGUACGGCGUUUAAAUGUAACUCUUCUGCGUUCAUUUCGUGAGGGUGUGGCCGCUGCACUGGACAUUUCACCCAAACAAGUGCACAUCAACCGCCUAAAUGAGCAGAAGAAUGGCAUCGAGCUGUAUGUGUCAUCUGACAGAAUGGGGACAUCUGAGCCUGUGUCUUCAGAGGAAGUGAUACGCUCACUCAACAUCAACACACUCCACCGUAGCCUCAGACCCUUUGGCAUCACUGAGAUCUCCUCUGAGAAGAAUGUGCUUCAUGGGCAGCAUGAGCGGGACAACGUGUGGAGCAAAGAGGGCUUCUACGCCGUGGUCAUCUUCCUCACCGUCUUCAUCAUCAUUGUCACCUGUUUAAUGGUGCUUUAUCGUCUGAAAGAGAAGGUUGAGUAUUCAGACCGGCAGCUGAAGGGGCCAAGUGUGCCUGGUCGGGACGUUCACUUGGCACCGAUUGCAGUGUAUGGAGCUCAGCCGCCCCUGAGCCUGACCAGCAGCAUGGUGCAGGCCGCUCCAGCCCCCAAGCCUGCCUGCACCACAGUUACCCUUGCCACCCCUGACACGACCCCCAGCCAUAACUCUAGCAACCCAGCCACACACACUAACACCACAGUCUCUGUCCCCCAGCCACACAGCCCACCCUGCCCUGCCGUGACUGACGUCAAACCUUGCCUGUCCUCCAGCCCUUCUCCUUUCAAGAUGAAGCCCGCCGCUGGCCUGCAGGAGAGGCGAGGUUCUAAUGUUUCUCUGGUGUUGGAUAUGAGCGCUUUGGGCUCUGUGGAGCCUCUGAAUUGUGGAGUGGUGACUCCUCGGGAAAGGGCAGCCCAGGAGUACCUGCAGUCGGCUGGCCGAACCCUGUCACGCCAGCAGCUCCGAGAUGUCACAAUCAACACACAGGCUCUUCAUGCUGAGUUUGCUGAAAUUCCAAUGAACUUUGUGGAUCCAAAGGACCUGGACAUUCCCAGUCAUGGAACCAAGAACAGAUACAAGACCAUUUUGCCAAAUCCACAUUCUAGAGUUUUUCUGAAGAGCAAGAAUAGCUGCGAUCCUCUCAGCAGUUACAUCAAUGCCAACUACAUACGAGGUUAUCCAGGAGACGAGAAGGCUUACAUUGCCACACAAGGUCCCAUGAUCAACACAGUAAAUGACUUCUGGCAGAUGGCCUGGCAAGAGGACUCGCCUGUCAUCGUCAUGAUCACCAAACUGAAAGAGAAGAAUGAGAAGUGUGUUUUAUACUGGCCUGAGAAAAGAGGGAUUUAUGGGAAAGUGGAGGUCCUUGUAAGCAGUGUGAGGGAGUGUGAUCACUACACUGUCCGCACCCUUACACUCAAACAAGGUGGCCAGAGUCGUAAAGUCCACCACUACUGGUAUACAUCAUGGCCGGAUCAUAAAACCCCAGACAGUGCAGGGCCGCUGCUGCAGCUCAUGACCGAUGUAGAGGAAACCAGAGAAGCUUCUGCGUCUCAUGGCCCAGUCAUCGUUCACUGCAGUGCUGGAAUUGGGCGGACAGGGUGUUUCAUUGCUACAACAAUAGGUUGUCGUCAGCUGCGGCUGGAAGGAGUGGUGGAUGUUUUGAGCAUCGUCUGCCAGCUGAGAGUAGACAGGGGUGGAAUGAUCCAAACCGGAGAGCAGUAUGAAUUUGUCCACCAUGCCUUGAGUCUCUAUGAGAGCCGCCUGUCAGCAGAUGCUGGCCAAUAAACACAAACGGAGGAGAGAAGGCGGUGGUACGAGAUUUUUACUCAUUUUUUACCAGGAAGAAUAAUCUUUCAAGGGUCAAAGAGUUCUCUGUUUUGCCACAAGGCAUGUCACUCAAACCAGGAGAUGUUCUAGCAGAUGCAGAUCUCGAUGAAGCUGUGCUAUGACAUGAGGCUUCCGGUGAUCGUACGUCUCAAGAUGCUCAAAAGACUUCUCAGCAAACGUGAUGUGUUCUUGUAUUCUUUUCUCUGACUUUGAGGAGCAUCGUUUGCCUCUAAAGACCUUUGUGUCCUGCUCUGUCCACCUCAAAUGAAGUCACUCUACCUGAAUACUCACCCUUGAAAUUUUGCCCUGUCCACUUCAUGGCUGAUGGUACUAGUUUUUCAUUUCAAAGGUCUGUAGUGAUCAUUAACACUUCUUUAAAAAAGUUUCUGUGCACAACAUAUUGGAAGACUGUUAAAUGCAUCACCUGGAGUCAUUUAUGAGUGAUAUGUCUCAUCAGUUGCCAUUAUACCUUAGGGAAUAAUUUAGGAUGUCAGUGGAGACACUAGUUAAUAAACAACAACAAACAUUUGCCUAAAAGUUCAACAUGAAUUUUAAAAUCAAAGUCAGGCAUCGCCACAAAGGCAGUGGAAGUGCAGUUUUGUCUGCUUAAUAAACACCAAAGCUUUUUAGUUUAAGGUUUUGUCCAAGCCAAAUGCACAAAAAGUCAAUAACAAGAUAACAUAAUGUUUAAUAUGUGACUAUCAUGUUUACUGACCACAAUAGACAGACCAGCUAUGACAACUCCUGUAUUGUUUUCUUACCCAUUUGUAAAAUAAGGUACUAUAAUGUCAGUGGUGCAGUAUGAAUUAUACAGAAUUGUACUUUGUAUAUCAGAGUUUGAAUCAUAUAUAUGUAAAUGUAAUGCUAAUAAUGAUAAUGUUAUUUUUAUACAAUCUGAUUUAAAUAACAGUUUGAUAUUUUUACAUCUGAGUUAGCAGUGAAGUUCAUCAUGGUUACAUUUCCUUAACCCUGAACACUUCGUGAUUUUAUUUUAAUGUAUUAUUUACGGCAUAAAAGACUUAGACACAGAAAUGUUAUUAAGAUAGCGAUAACCUUUGGUCCUCUUCAGUCUGUAAAAUGUCCAAAUGUUGACUUAACAUGACCAGUAUUCAUUCUCAAACCUGUGGAAAAACAGCAGGGAAAUUCCAUGUCCCAUCAUCACGUGUUACAAGAUUCACUCAAAGAGCUACAAGUUGCUGUUUCAGCUGUUUCUGUGAAAAGAUGCAAAGUAACUAUUAAAUGUAUAAAACUGG